UGCGCCGCGGCCGCGCGUUCCUACCAAUCACCUAUUCCCGUCCGAGAGCCGAUCGAAGCGAGCGAGGUGAAGCGGAGCGGCAGAAGCCGGGGGCCGACUGCCGAGCCGGAGGGUCGCGCGCGGGGUAGCCAGCGCGGCGGCGGGGGCGGAGAUGGCGGACGGCCGCCUCUUCGACAACAUCCUCCUCGGAGGCAGCACCGGCACGAAUCCUGGCCAGUUUGAAGCGAGUUCUGGAGGGCUUACAUGGACCAGACAAGGUGGAGGAGAGACGAUCAGGAUCGAUAAAGCUGAUAUAACUUCUGUGAAAUGGACGAAAGUGCCCAGGGCAAAUGAGCUUGAAGUCAGCACCAAUGAUGGCCUGUUCUACAAGUUUAUUGGCUUCCCGGAACAGGUGCUAUGGGAGGCAAUACUGAAUGGGAAUGAUCGCUUGAGUUGUAAUGAAGAGGCAGUUGUCACCUUUGAUGGAAUAGCUAUUCUUACACCAAGAGGGAGAUAUGGUGCUGAGCUUCAUCUUUCAUUUCUGCGGCUCCAAGGAGAAGCUAAUGAUUUUAAGAUUCAAUAUAGCACUAUUAUUCGCCUCUUUGUUUUGCCAAAGUCAAACAAUCCUCAUACACUUGUGGUUGUCACACUUGAUCCUCCAAUCUGUAAAGGGAAAACGCUGUAUCGUCACAUUGUAAUUCAGUUUGAGACAGACACUAUCGUUGAGAAAAGCAUGAAAUUAAGCAGAGAGCUUCUUGCUCAAAAAUACAAAGGCAGGUUGGAGGAAUCUUAUCAGGGUCUAGUACAUGAGGUAUUCGUCAAAGCCCUUCGUGGUCUAUCUGGUGCUAGAGUCACAAGGCCAGGAUCUUUCAGAAACUCCCAAGGUGGUUAUGCAGUUAAAUCAUCACUCAAAGCUGAAGGUGGACUCUUGUAUCCACUUGAAAGGGGCUUCUUCUUUCUGCCGAAGCCCCCCACGCUCAUUAUAGAUGAAGAGAUCGAGUUUGUUGAAUUUGAACAUCAUGGCACUGGGGGAGCCAGUAUGUCAUCUCUUUAUUUUGACCUCAUCGUCAAGCUAAAAAAUGACCAAGUGCAUCUCUUCAGAAAUAUUCAAAGGAGUGAAUACCAUAACCUCUUCAACGUUAUCAUUGCAAAGAACUUGAAAUUAAUGAACCUUGGAGAUGGUCAAGGUACAAGUGGUGGGGUUGCAGAUAUUCUACCGGAGACUGAAAAUGCUGGCGGUGAUCUCUAUAUGCCAAGAAUGAAAAAUCAGGCAGGGGAUGAGGAAAGUGAUGAAGAGGAUGAAGAUUCUGUUCUAGAUAAGGAUGAUGGUGGAUCUCCUACCGAUGAUUCUGGUGGUGAGGAAUCAGAUGCUAGUGAAAGUGGUUGUCAAAACGAGAAGUCAUCCAAAAAGGAAGCCAGUAGUUCAAAGCCACCUGCGAAAAGGAAGCCUAAGGCCAGGGAUGGUGAAGGGUCAGAGAAAAGAAAGUCAAAGAAGAAGAAAGAUCCUAAAGCACCCAAAAGAGCAGUGUUGCCAUACAAGUAUUUCUCAAUGGCUGCACGGCCGGGAGUGGAGGAGAGCUACCCAGAUUUGCCUCCGACUGACAUUUCGAGGAAGCUUGGCGAGAUGUGGCAAAAGAUGUCAUCCAAAGAGAAACAGCCUUACAUUCAGCAGUCUCAGGUCGACAGAAAAGGGUAGGAGAAGGAAUAUGCUGCCUACCGUGCUGCUGCCCCAGUGGACGUGGACUCCGACUAGACGACACAACACUUCUGCAGUCGACGCGAUUUUUUUUUAAGCUUUCGGGGGAUUUAGGAACGUGUUAAUCACAAUAGUGCAUUUUGGACAAGAAGCAGAAGCAUGCGAAAAUGAAAGUGCAUACCAUGAAUGGGUGUUUAUGGGUGAUGAAAGCGCACUGGUCACGUACUAAAGAGACCUUGAUCGCUCGUCAGGGAAGUUCUGGGCACGUGUUUGACAUGAUUAAAUAUUCCAAGAA